AUGAUUACUAGUCAUUCUGUCAUCCCAGCAAUCAUCUUCCUCCUGAUCCUCUUUCCCCCUCGUGGCAAUGCUGUGCCUGCUAACAAUGCCGUCUUUGACACUAAGGGCCGGCCACUCCGAGCUAAGUCAAGGUACAACAUCCUUCCGGUGGCUCAAGGCCAAGGUGGUGGCCUAACAAUGUCACCUAAAAACAGAACCUCAUUUUGUCCUCUUCAUGUUGUGCAGGAGGAUCAGGAAAUCUACCCUGGCCUUCCUGUAUGGUUUCUUCCCAAAGACUCCAGCCAACGUGUGGUUACUCUCUCCUCUGACCUCAACAUCCUUUUCAACUCGGUCAAUGUAUGCCUGCAAUCUGCUGGGUGGCAGUUAAUCGUUGAUGAUGCCACGAGGAGGAAGUAUGUGACAACUGGAGGAGCCAUUGGAAAUCCAGGGGAGGAGACGAUAAGUAGUUGGUUUUACAUAGAGAAGGCUGGGAGAGGGGGUAAUAUAGAUGAUUUUCAUUAUAUGAUUUUGUAUUGUCCAAAUGUUUGCCAAUUUUGUAUGGUAAUGUGUGGACAUGUGGGUGUUUUUGUUCAAGAAGAUGGGAGUAGAUUGCUCGGUCUUACAGAUCACCCCCUUCAUGUCAUGUUCAAGAAGGCUAGGAACCGCUCAGACUCAGAGUCUUCCUGA